UCUCCGUCGGCGCGUUUGUCUGAUGCGCAGCGCCUCCCCAACUGGUCCCUCACUUUGACAAAUUCCUGGACGUGAGCGGGUCUGCUGAAUGGCUUCUUGCUCGUAAAAAAAUAUACCCUGAAUGUUUUCGAAGUUACCACAUCUUUUUUCUCCCCGCUGGCAGACUAUCAGUUUGAAAGAACACAAUGGGACCGUGGUCAUUUUGGAGUUUUUCCCUUUUGUCUUUCGUAUUUCUGUGCCCCUUUCCCCCUAAGUUUGUUGUUCAAGCGGAAAUAACCUCUUCCAGAGCAGACGACAGAUUUGAUCGCCUGGAGGUAACGCUGCUGGAGGCACGUGUAACCCUCGAAUCAACGGAGGUCAAAGUCGACAAUAUUACUAAAGUUUUGAGUGCUUUUGACUCGGAAGCAGCCGGUGCUUUGAACCCGAACAAUGGCACGCAUAUGGGGAAUGAAACACAGAGUGGACAUGGAAACGAGGGACUGAUCGGCAACAAAACGGCACCAAACUGUCACACUCGUCUCGAAAUACCUGGUAAAAAGUGUGCCAACACUUACGAGGACAACCAAGGGAGACCUACAGCGAAUAUAAUGUUAGAAAACACGUUUCCUGACACAAGAAAGAGGGUCAAAAGGGGUGUGGGUACAACAUACACCGAAAAUAUGGAUAGGAGUACAAGUGGAGAAGCUCAGUCAAGAGAGAGGUUUGUGGAGACUGUCCAAGGUGUUUCCAACUCCAGACCCGAGUACCGGCGCACUGUGGAGGAAGGCAGAGGGUCUAACCCGAGGCAAAGUGAGCCGCACCUGGACACUUCGACUUUUGCUCUAUCGGGGGACUCUGCGCACAACCAGGCGAUGGUGCACUGGUCCGGACACAACAGCAGCGUGAUCCUGAUCUUGACUAAGCUGUAUGACUUCAACCUGGGGGCUGUUACUGAGAGCUCACUGUGGAGAUCCUCUGACUAUGGAAGCACCUACAGCAAACUCAACGACAAAGUGGGCUCAAGGACAGUUUUAAGUUACCUGUAUGUCUGCCCUACCAACAAACAGAAGAUAAUGAUGCUUAGCGACCCAGAGGUAGAGAGCGCUGUUCUCAUCAGUUCAGAUGAAGGGGCAAGCUUUGAGAAGCAUCCCAUUAACUUCAAUAUCCUGAGCCUGCUCUUCCACCCUGCACAGGAAAACUGGAUACUGGCUUAUAGUCACGACGGCAAGCUGUACAGUUCAGUGGACUUUGGGAGGAGAUGGCAGCUUGUUCACGACAACGUGAUGCCAGGCCGAUUCUACUGGGCGGUAAUGGGGCUGGACAGAGAAUCAGAUGUGGUCCACAUCGAGACGCGCAUCGCGAAAGGCCGAGCCCAGUACGUGAAGUGCAGAGCCCAGCGAUGCACAGAAGGCAACAGACUUCGUCUCUUUCCUGGACAUGUCGACACCAACUCACUGGUUGUGCAGGAUGAAUAUGUUUUCACACAGGUAACCAAGUCAGGACGAGCCAGCUACUUUGUCUCCUACAUGAGAGAGUCCUUCAAGCGGAUGAAAUUACCGAAAUAUUGUCUACCAAAGGACAUGCAUAUUAUCAGUACAGAUGAGAAGCAGGUUUUUGCUGCAGUCCAGGAGUGGAAUCAGAACAACACUUACAGCCUGUAUAUCUCAGACUCCCCCGGGGUCUACUUUACCCUUUCAUUAGAGAACCUGAGAACCAGCAGAGGACCGGCCGGUAACCUACUGGUUGACUUUUAUAAGGUCGAGGGGAUAAAUGGCAUGUACCUCGCUAACAAACUGCUAGACACUCAUGUAAAGACUUUCAUCACAUACAACAAGGGACAAACAUGGGCUCUGCUGCCAGCUCCUGCUGCCGAUGUGGCUGGAAAUAACCUUCAUUGCAUUCUGCCAUUUUGUUCACUGCAUCUACAUCUGGAGAUGUCGGAGAAUCCCUACACGUCUGGACCCAUCACUAGCAAAAAGUCUGUUCCAGGAAUCAUCGUGGCUACAGGGAAUAUCGGAACAGAGCUGUCCUCCUCUAACCUUGGGAUGUUUAUAACAUCUGAUGCAGGAAAUAGCUGGAGACAGAUUUUUGAUGAAGAGCACAACGUGUGGUUUCUUGACAAUGGAGGGGCUUUGCUGGCAGUCCUACAUGCAGCGACGCCUAUUCGACACUUAUGGAUCAGUCUAGACGAAGGAAAAAAAUGGGACCGUCACAGUUUCUCCUUGGCACCUCUGUAUGUGGACGGAGUUUUAAUGGAGCCAGAAUCUGACAAUCACAUUAUCACUUUCUUUGGACACUUCAGUCAUCGGUCAGAGUGGCAGCUGAUCAAGAUCGACUACAAGGGCCUGUUUAGCAAUAGAUGCAUGGAUGGAGAUUAUCAAACAUGGCAACUACACAACAAGGGAGAGCUGUGUGUGAUGGGCGAGAAGCAGAUCUAUAUGAAGCGCAGACCAGGCAACCGUUGCAUGCUGGCCCAGGACUAUUCGAGGAUCUAUUCCUCAGAGCGAUGCCUCUGCACAGCCUAUGAUUUCGAAUGUGACUAUGGGUGGGAACGCCAGACGAGCGGGAAGUGCUCCCCAGCUUUUUGGUUUAAUCCAAAUGGUGUAGCUAAAAGCUGCAGCACCAGCCAAAGCUUUCUUAACAGCACAGGGUAUCGGAAGGUUUUGUCCAAUAACUGUAAGGAGGGAGGGAGGCACGUGUACUCGCCCAAGAGGCAGGCUUGUCGUCCCAGACCUCCCCGAGGCCUCCGGCUGUCCACCAGUCAAGGAGAGCUCAGUGCCACUGUUGGAAGCAACGUUACCUUCAUGGUCUACCUCGACGAUGGAGACUCGCUGAGGACCAGCAUCCAUCUAGACUUCGGGGACGGCAUCAAGAUCAUAUACUCAAACUUGAGCAGGACCGAUGAUGGCAUCAACCACAUCUACAGAACGACUGGGAUUUACCGAGUGACAGCUUCUGCUGAAAACAGCCAGGGAUCUGACAGCAGCACACUGUUUUUACACAUCACCAGUCCAGUGGAGCGUGUAUAUCUCUCCGCUCCUAUUGUUGCCAUCAGGGGGAAGGAGGUUAAUCUGACUGCGGUGGUUUGGCCGAGUCACACCAGAACAUUGACCUUCUUCUGGUGGUUUCACAACAGCUCCGAGCCUAUUAUAACCAUGGAGGGAAGCAUCUCGUACACGUUUCAGAGAGAAGGAAAUAACAAGGUCACGGUCCAGGUUGCUUCUGGGAGCACCAUAAUACAGGAUUCAAAAGUUUUAACUGUUAAAGAGUUCUUCAGGUCGCUGUUGUUGUCGUUCUCGCCGGCUCUUGAUGAGCACAAUCCUGACAUCCCAGAGUGGAGGGAGGACAUAGGGCGUGUGGUGCGGACAGCUCUGUCACAGGUGUCUGGGGUUCCUGAAGAUCAGCUGCUGGUGUCUUUGUAUCCUGGACUUCCAUCUACAGCAGAGCUCUUUAUCCUGCCUGAUGAACACACAUCAAGUGAGCACAAGAAAGGGAGCGAGGAGGCUCUAGAGACGAUAUCAGAUACUUUUGUCACUGCCCUGAACCAAGGCCUGAUCCAGUUUGAGCUGAAAGCAGAUAUUCGCAUUGCUGUAUACAUGACUCAGCAAACUCUGGCACCACUUGUGGAUUCUAACUCCAUUCACAGUGGGUCGGCCAUGCUGAUGCUGCUCACCGUGGUGUUAGUUGGUUUAGCGGCAUUCUUCAUCUACAAGUUCAAAAGGAAAAUCCCUUGGAUCCAUGUUCAGACUGAGGACAGUCAUGAGAAAGACCCGGAGGUGAUCAGUACGGUGGGUCAGAACGACAACAUGUCCAAGGUCAAGCUCAGUGAGUUUCCCUCUCCGAAAGAACUCAUGGAAAAGGAGCUGGAGGCCAGGAGCAGUGCAGGAAUUGGAAGAAAUAUGGAGAGAAUUGUUACAAGGGAAUUUCCAAACUGUACUAAUGUCUAAGACUCUGUUACCGAGUAAGUACGGUUUGUUGUGUUACAAUUGUGCUGAAAUUUGUUUUUUGAAAUUCAUUUCACGCUGAUAGCUGCUAUCGUUCAGUCAUGUUUUUUAGCCACAUGGAUAGAGAGUAAGUAUCUGCAAUACUUGAUGAAGAUCAAAAACACAGAGCGAGACUCGAUGGGCCUCUAGUUUGAGGGCGGUGAACUGCUGACAACCUCACCCGGCACAAAAUGUCCAAUUAGCAUCACGAUUCACCUGCUCUACAUCAACACCGUGGAUGUAUUGCUAUUAUGAGUAUUUCAUGAAUAUUCGGCUGCCAUUGUGUACUUUUGAUGAAUGCUUUGCUGCCUGUGACAGAUCGUCGUUUUUCUUAAUUAGGGAAACAACAGGGUGGGGGAAAACAGAUCGAGUUGUUGAAGAAAUAUACCUCAAAAGCUAUUAAGAAAAAAGUCAAAUGAGAAAAGAACCAUUUAUUUAAUGGGUUAGGACAAGAGAAAGGAUGUACAUUAUAGGCUUUACUGUUUAUGUUUAGAAAGUUACAUUAAAUUCAGCAUUUAAGAAGAAUGAUCAUGACUUACUAUAAGGACAUUUAGGCCCUUGAGAAAUAUUAUAAUACAGGAAUUAAAAAGAUGGAGGGAAACAUUUGUAUUACAUUAAAAUAGUCUAACACACAAAGUGAACCAGCAGGCUAUAAAAUUUGUCAAGUGUAACCUUUUUAUUUUGUUUCUAUAAUGCUAUCCCUUUUCUUUGUAUGCAGAAUAGAUAAAACUCAAACAACAAAAGAGUUGUCUGUUUUAGGCAGAACACAUCUUGCUCUGCCUCCAUACCACAGAAAUAUAUUUAAUAGAUCAUUAUAGCCAUCAUUUUGUAAUGUGUAAUAAACCACUUUAACUUCAAACUCUGGAUAAACAUGAACAUGUACCACCCUAAAACUAGAGGUAUUUGAGUUGUAAAUACACACUAAUGAAUAUUUAUAUAAAAAUGUCAAAAUCGGACUUUUGUGAAUGCUUAGAAAGAAAGAAACAUGUAAUUGGUUUUGUUCUGUAAGAUGACAUGGUGCUUUCAAUGACUGUCUCAGAUGAGCGUGCACAACAAAAGUGUGUUGUAUGGACAGUCUGGCCUUAGAAGUGGAAAUAAUGUAAACGUGUACAUAGAGGAAGAUGGAAUGUAAAUCUAUACAGUAGUGUCAUCCUACUUUAUUGUAAAGUCAACUCACUGAACAGGCAGUAUGUUUCUAUGACCUUCAGUUUCACAACAAGCUGUAUGUCCUUUUUUAUUUAUUAGAUUUUUUACAGUGGCAUGCCCUAAUUAUGUGAUAAAAGAUACAAUACUAUAUUAGGGUGAGCAAGUACUGUAUAUAUAUAUAUAUCACGGUUGGUUUUAAACUUUACACAUUAAACAAAUCAUUAAAACACCUCGUCUAAUAGUCUAGUUGUGCAAUUGCCAAAAGUUGUGCAUGAUCUAUGAUAUUGUUCAUUUUUGUCUGAUAUAUUUACAUAUAUAUCGUCUUGUUUUGAAUCAUAUUUCUUACUGUGAACAAAUUGCCAUUUUAAAAUUGUUCAAAAAUAAAUGUAUUUUUAUAUGGAA